AAAGAAAAAAGAAAGAAAGAAAAUAUUCAGCCAUGGCAACAAUAGGGGAUUUUGACCCACUCAACUCCACUGUACCCGCGACAAAGAUUGAAGUCACCGUCUCUUGCAGAAACCUGUUGGACAUGGACACCUUCUCCAAGUCAGAUCCUGUGGUGGUGUUGUACGUUCAAGGCCUGGGGACCAAAGAGUGGAGAGAGUUUGGUCGGACCGAGGUGAUCGAUAACACGUUGAAUCCAGACUUUGUAAGGAAGUUUGUCCUUGAUUACUUCUUUGAGGAGAAACAGAACCUCCGCUUUGAUGUGUACAACGUGGAUACGAGAAGCUCCAACCUUUCAAAACAUAAGGACUUCCUGGGUCAGACCUUCUGCACGUUGGGGGAGAUCAUCGGCUCGACUGGCAGCAGAAUGGAAAGGACGCUCUCUGGGAUCCCAGGGAAGAAGUGUGGAGCCAUCGUCUUCACAGCUGAGGAGCUCAGCAACUGCCGGGACAUUGCCACCAUGCAGCUCUGUGCCAACAAGCUGGACAAAAAAGAUUUCUUUGGCAAAUCUGACCCUUUCCUCGUCUUUUACCGGAGCAACGAGGAUGGCACGUUCACCAUCUGCCACAAGACUGAAGUUAUCAAGAACAACCUGAAUCCUGUUUGGCAGCCGUUUACCAUCCCUGUUCGAGCUCUUUGUAAUGGAGACUAUGACAGGACGGUGAAGGUGGACGUUUACGACUGGGACCGAGAUGGGAGUCACGACUUCAUCGGCGAGUUCACCACCAGCUACAGAGAACUGUCCAGAGGCCAAAGCCAGUUCAACGUCUAUGAGGUUUUGAAUCCAAAAAAGAAAGGCAAGAAGAAGAAAUACAUCAACUCAGGGACGGUGACCCUACUGUCCUUCAAAGUGGAGUCUGAAUGCACAUUUGUCGACUUCAUCAGAGGAGGGACACAACUCAAUUUCACUGUGGCUAUAGACUUCACAGCAUCCAAUGGUAACCCGUCUCAGCCCACUUCACUGCACUACAUGAGUCCAUAUCAGAUGAAUGCAUAUGCCAUGGCGUUGAAAGCUGUAGGAGAGAUUAUACAGGACUACGACAGUGACAAACUCUUCCCAGCAUACGGCUUUGGAGCUAAACUUCCUCCAGACGGCAAGAUCUCCCACGCCUUCCCACUAAAUUCCAAUGCAGAAAACCCAAACUGUGUGGGGAUCGAUGGUGUGCUCGAGGCUUAUUUCCAGAGCCUGCGAACAGUGCAGCUGUACGGCCCAACCAACUUCUCUCCUGUCAUCAACCAAGUGGCUCGAUGUGCUGCAGAAGUGCUGGACGGCUCCCAGUACUUUGUGCUGCUGAUGAUUACUGACGGCGUCAUCUCAGACAUGGCUCAGACCAAGGAGGCCGUGGUCAAUGCAGCCUCCCUGCCUAUGUCUAUCAUCAUAGUAGGAGUAGGCCCUGCUGAGUUUGACGCUAUGGAGGAGCUGGAUGGGGAUGAAGUUAGAGUGUCCUCCAGGGGGCGUUUUGCUGAUAGAGACAUUGUUCAGUUUGUUCCUUUCCGGGACUACAUCGACCGCUCAGGCAACCAGGUCUUGAGUAUGGCCCGUCUGGCUAAGGACGUGUUGGCAGAGAUCCCAGACCAGCUGCUGUCCUUCAUGAGAAGUCGAGGGAUUGAACCCCGGCCACCACUGCCCAUCACGUCUGAAUCCCCCUCAAUGUCUACUACCACUGCAACCACCACCAAGGAACGCAAUAUGCAUGCCUUGAAAUGAGGCCACUGUGUGUGUGUGUGCGUGUGUGUGUGUGUGUGUGUGUAUGUGUGCGUGGGUGUAACCGAGUCAGGCAUGUUUCACAGGAAAAUAAAAGGAAAAAGUAGCAAGGGAGACUUCAUCCUAUUAAAAGUGUAUAUGGCGAGGAUUCCUCUGACAGGAUGUGAAUUAUUGGUGUAGAAAAGAUGUUCCUGGUUCCUGUCGCUCUACUCCCUCUGCAGGUAUAAGACAGCUCUGCAGUGACAAACAUCAGCACUUAAAUGAAAAGCUUCAGAAUAAUUAAUUUGGCUGUUUUUUCCUUGAUGACCAAACCUUGAGAGCUUCUCCUGCUAAAGUCGAGUCUCUGUCCACUCCAGUUUAGUUCUGCUUCUGUCUACUCUAAUAUAGUAAUAAAUCCUGACAUAGCUGGCGAUUUGUUUCUAUUGUAAAGAAGGACAGAAAGAUGUCCUUUCCUUAUUCAUUAAUUCUCAGGGCAUUUCAAAGGCUUGACGGUAAUAGGAAACUGAAAAACUUGGGCAUAAUUAAAAUCUUGUCCUGGUCGUGGCAACUGAACACCAGGGGACCACUGGCUGUUUUCAUUGCUUCAUAAAAGCUGUAUAAUUUGCUGAACACGACAUUGAAAUAUUUUUCUUUGAAGCAGAAAUGAAUGAUUUACAUUUCAAGGUCAACAUUCCGAGAUGGUGCAUCAGCAAGUCUAAAGUAAUCCCACAUGGAUACGAAGAGUGGCACUUGCAUGCACCUCCUCAAAGCAGGAAAGCUAUAAGGCCCUGAGAGUGGCUCGAGACCGAGAACAGACUGAAAUAUCCUCCUCCACUCCAGCACCUCUACUUAUUCCUCCAGCAAGCAUACCAUUUCACAGUAUGAGGCUGUGCAAAUUAUUUCACCCCAGGUUGCAACGCUGGGCAUUGCCAUAUCUGUGUCCAGCCUCUUACUCUAAAUUGUAACUCCCAGCUAAGGCUUUGGUUUGGGACACGUCUCAAGAUGCCUGGAGCUGAUUAGUGCACAAUCCACAGUCUCAAACACUUCAUAUGUAGCAGAUUAUGUGUGAAAGUGUUAUGGUCACCUUUGCUUUACCAUAAUUUUAUUUUCUGGAGAGGAAGGAAAAAAGUGAAAUGAAGACUGAGGUUUGGUAUACAUGACACUCAGAUGUCAUGUCAUGCUAAUACAGUCUAAUACCACAGUCCUACAAUAUAGUCAGUUUUUUUUGUUGAAUCUGUGUUGCAGAGGUAUUUUUUAAGGAUGUAGACUGCAGUAAUGUUGAAUUAUAUUCCAUUACACAAACAGUAUUUCCUGUUAUUUAGCACAUAUCAGCCCCCUAGUGGAUUGUAUUGGAGCUGUAGAUGGGGUAUGGAAUAAUAUUUUCAGUAAUUCAUCUUGACAGUGGAUUUUUUUUUUUUUUUUUAAGUAAUCAUAAAUUAUAUUACAAAGCCAUGGGAUUUAAAGCUGCAGUGGAUAACUUUAGAUAAUUGUUGUUGUUAUUCUGCCUCUGUUUUGUCUUUGGGACCAUAACACAACGUUUGUGUGCUGCGUCUUUCAUGUGAAAAUGGGCUCUGUCAUGCAAUACUAUCAGUCUUGACUGAGGGAGUGUUUACAGCAGUGGAAGAAGUAUUUAUCUCAUCAAACUGCUGAACGAUAGGAUUUUUUGAGCAGUAGAAUUACCAUUUUGUGGGAGCUCAUUUGGUGUAUUCAGUCAUACUCCAUCUCAUUAUACUAGUGCAAUGCUGUAGUUGCUUCUGUCCAUCUUGAUGUAAAAUUAAUUACCAUGGUUUGAAUCCAACAGACAUUUGUUUAGAUUUAUAACAGAUAUCACAUGAUUGUUGACCGCUCUCAUUCACACUGAAAGAUAUGUUAUGUAAAUGGUGGGGAUCAUAGUUGUUUGAAAACAACUGUGGUAGCAUUGUGGUGGACAAAAUUGUGUUAUCUAGUUGGUGACAACUGUUGGAUAUUGCCAUGUUGGUGACACUGUUUUCAGACUGUGCUGACUGAUUUUGAAAACGUAUGCACACUUCAUUUUAAUCACUUCUGGUGUUUCAUACAUGACUGCAUAUUCAUGUGUAUGUAUGUCAGUCAGCAUCUGUAUUAACAAGCUGAUCAGCAAAGAAUCUUGACCCAAAAAGGCUUUUUUUUCCAUUUGUCAUGCCUUUGUCAUGUAUAUUAUUGAUUCAACCUAAAAUAUGCUUUGCGAGAAAGCCCAGAUAUGAUUUAAUAUGAUUUAAAUGAACAGGGUGAGCUCUCUUUCUGUUGGUCUAAACCUAUUUGUCUCUGACAGGGGCUUGUUUGGAACCCCAAGCAAAAAGGUACGUGAGGUUGUUCUAAAUCAAACUGAAGCAAGCAAGUGGCACUGGGCCUAGUAAUGGGGUUGUCAACCUCGCCUCGUGUUCAUAGACAUAUCAUAGAGUUUUAGGUGAUAUUCAGAGAAUUGUUGCUCCUGUGGACUAACAUACAAUACCAUGCUGCAACCGGGUCUCUGAACGUUGGACAUUAGAUGAAUGGUUUAGUCUGACAGCAUCACAAAUAAAUAUGAAAAUUGAAGUGAUUUCUAUAACAAACAAUAAUAUCAGUAUUAUUACAGAACAUGUGCCAUAUUGUAUCAGAAAGGAAAUGGAUAUGUGGCCUUAUUUCUGUCAUAAAUCUACAAGUAUGUGUAAAGGGGGGCUCUAUUUUUAUAUAAAAACAGGACAUGUGUCAUUUUGCAUGCUUAUUGUGCUGAUAUGCUGCCAAUGAUUGUACUUGUUUAGGAAAACUAACUGUAUAUUUAUUCAAAUCUGAAAAUGAAUUCAAACUGUAUGUGUUGACUGUGCAAAGCAUAUACUUUCUAUUUCUAAUGUUAUUGUGUAUAAUAUACUUGAAGGAACUGCCAACACAACAAUAAUAAUAAUCCAAAAGAUAUAGAAGACAUAUUAGGUUAGAUUUGUAUCAUACAGUGUUUAAAACAUACAUGCAUGUGUGUGUUACAACUACACAAACGCAAAGUCAGUGUCACAUACAUGUAACUUAUUGGAUAUUUUUAUAUGAAGCAUGUGGGGCUUUAUAUACAAUGUGUACAGUAUUAGAUAAUUACACAGACAAAAACACCACUCACCACUCCUCCCCAGUCAUGUGUUCCAUGCAGACUACAUGUAGGUCCAAUGUAAAUACAUCUUAAGUGAUGAACAGAAUAUUUUGUGAGCAGUCUUCCUUGCAUUUCAUUCCUCGCUGACACUCUUAAGUGUGUGUUUAAUAUGUUUUGUCUCCAUUGUGUUGGUUACAAUUCAUUUAUAGGUUUUUUUUCACUAUCUUACAUCUUUUGCUUGGGAACCAAAUAAAGGUAUUAUUUCAGGCUUA